AAAUAAACAAACAAAUCCCUCUCUCCCCCACAACCCCACUUUCUUCCACGUCAAUCUUACAUAAGCUACUUCAGCUUCAGCUUAAAACGGUGGUUUUCCGAGCUGUUCGUUAAUCACGUUUCUCUGUUUCUAGCUUUUUAGUCUCACAACUUCCCUGCUUCAUGAUUUAAACAUUUUGGAUUUGGUUUCUGAUUUUCUUAGUAAUAACUGUUUCUGUUUAGAAGUCCUCAACAGAAUCCGUUGCAUUUUAGCGUAAGUUACAGUAAAAAGAACUAAUCUUUUUGUCUGUAUAAUUGUUAUUAUUAUCUGUUUUUAACCUCACUCACUUGUCGACAACCUAAUCUUUGCCAGUUUGAUUUUGGGCAACUUUUAGUGUGAGCAUCUGGAAAGUUCAACUUUUUGCUCGUAUUCUCUCUCUCUCCCCCAUCUCUAUGUUUGUUAACAGUUUCUCACAAAUAUUUUUGUUUUUCUUGUAUCAGAGAUCGCUAGAUUUUUCAAAACUCUUGCAAAGAAAUCAAUUUUUACACCCGAAUCUCUCCAGUUUAUGCAAAACCCAUCGUAAUACAGUGAAAAAUAUCUCUAUCCACCUCCAAAAAUCAGUACUUUAUAGGCUUCCAGUACUGACCAAUAUUUUCCCAUCUAGAGUUGGUAUUCAGGGGUGGAAAUGGGUAGCAACAAGCUUUGGUUUGUAAUAUUAUGGAUUUCAUUUGUUGGGAUUUGGUUGGAUUUAGAGUUUGUUGAAGGUAUUGGAGUGAAUUGGGGAACUAUGGCAUCACAUCAGUUACCACCGCAGACAGUAGUUCAGAUGUUAAGAGAUAAUGGGAUUCAGAAAGUGAAAUUGUUUGAUGCCGAUGAAUCUACUAUGAAAGCUUUAGCUGGAAGUGGUAUUGAAGUUAUGGUAGCCAUCCCGAAUGAUCAACUUCAAGCUAUGACUAGUUACAAGAGAGCUAAACAAUGGGUUAGUCAGAAUAUUACUCGGUUCAACUUUAAUGGAGGCGUUAAUAUAAAAUAUGUAGCUGUUGGGAAUGAACCUUUCUUAUCAGCAUACAAUGGUUCAUUUGUGGAACUUACGUUACCUGCCCUACAGAACAUACAAAAUGCCCUAAACGAAGCCGGUAGCGGUGAUAAAAUUAAGGCCACGGUGCCCCUGAACGCCGAUGUCUACAAUUCACCUGCAAGCAACCCUGUCCCUUCUACAGGAAGGUUCAGAGCUGAUAUUGGUGACCUGAUGAAUCAGAUAGUUCAGUUUCUCAGCAAAAAUAAUGCUCCUUUCACUGUGAACAUCUAUCCCUUUUUAAGUCUCUAUGCCAAUGCAGAUUUCCCCUUAGACUUUGCUUUCUUUGAUGGUGCAAGUAGCCCAAUUACUGAUAAUGGGGUCUCCUACACUAAUGUGUUUGAUGCAAAUUUUGAUACUUUGGUUUCGGCUUUAAAUGCUGCGGGAUUUGGGAACAUGCCGAUCUUGGUUGGUGAAGUAGGAUGGCCAACUGAUGGUGACAAGAAUGCAAACUUAGCAUAUGCUCAGAGAUUUUAUAAUGGGCUUUUGAGAAAACUUGCAACAAAUCAAGGAACACCAUUGAGACCAGGCAAUAUGGAGAUUUACCUAUUUGGAUUGAUUGAUGAGGAUGCUAAGAGUAUUGCACCUGGGAAUUUCGAACGUCAUUGGGGAAUUUUCAGGUAUGACGGACAACCUAAGUUUGCUAUGGAUUUUACAGGUCAGGGUUCAAAUACAUUUCUUGUAGCUGCGAAGAACGUUCAGUAUCUUUCUCCAAGUUGGUGCGUGUUUACUGGCAAUCAGAAUGAUUUAAGUAAACUUGGAGAUAACAUUAACUAUGCUUGCAGUAACUCCGAUUGCACUUCACUUGGAUAUGGAGGAUCAUGCAAUAAUUUAGAUGCGCAAGGAAAUGCUUCUUAUGCAUUUAAUAUGUACUUCCAAGUAAAGAGUCAGAUGGAGAAUAGCUGUAAUUUCGAUGGUCUAGCUAAGGUAACUAAUCAGGAUCCAUCGCAAGGAACCUGCAGAUUCAUCAUUCAGAUUGUUGGUUCUUCUUCUUCUUCUUCCUCCUCCUCAUCUACACUUCUUGGACAUUUCUUUGUAAUAUUAGCAACUUUAGUAUCCCUACUCUGGUUUUCCUUGAUCUAGUUAUAGUUUUGUAUAGAUAUAACGAAACUCAGAUGUAAUACUUUUUUUGCAGUUUGAAUGUUCUCUCUUCAGAUUUUGUAUGUUGCAACUUGUAAGAAUUCGUGGCUUAUUUGGUGUUAGCUAUUCUUUUUAAUAAAAUGACAGCUUACAUGGA